AUGAGCGGCGACGCAGAAGAGGCUCAGUUCCAGCAGGAGGUUGCUGAGCUGAAGCAAUGGUGGACCGACUCCCGAUGGCGCUUCACCCGCCGUGCCUACACUGCCGAGCAGAUCGUCUCCAAGCGUGGCACAAUCAAGAUCGAGUACCCCAGCAACCAGCAAUCCAAGAAGCUGUGGAAGCUCGUUGAGGGCCGCUUCAAGGAGGGUACCGCCUCGGCCACCUACGGUUGUCUUGACCCCGUCAUGGUCACCCAGAUGGCCAAGUACAUCGACACCGUCUACGUCUCCGGCUGGCAAUCAUCCUCGACCGCCUCGACCUCCAACGAGCCCGGUCCCGAUCUUGCCGACUACCCCUACACCACCGUCCCCAACAAGGUCGAGCACUUGUUCAUGGCCCAGCUCUUCCACGACCGCAAGCAGCGUGAGGAGCGCCUGAGCGCCGCCCCCAGCCAGCGGGCCAACAUCGCCAACACCGACUUCCUCCGACCCAUCAUCGCCGACGCCGACACCGGCCACGGCGGUCUGACCGCCGUGAUGAAGCUCACCAAGCUCUUCGUCGAGGCCGGUGCCGCCGGCAUCCACAUCGAGGACCAGAUGCCCGGCACCAAGAAGUGUGGACACAUGGCCGGAAAGGUCCUCGUCCCCGUCAGCGAGCACAUCAACCGCCUGAUCGCCAUCCGCGCCCAGGCCGACAUCAUGGGCGUGGACCUCCUCGCCGUCGCCCGUACCGACUCCGAGGCCGCCACCCUCAUCACCACCACCAUCGACCCCCGCGACCACCCCUUCGUCCUGGGCUCCACCAACCCCGCCCUCCAGCCGCUCAACGACCUCAUGAUCGCCGCCGAGGCCGCCGGCAAGACCGGCGCCCAGCUCCAGGCGGUUGAGGACCAGUGGAACGCCACCGCCGGCCUCAAGCUCUUCCACGAGGCCGUCGCCGACACCAUCAACGCCGGCGUCCACGUCGACAAGGCCGGCCUGAUCGCCGAGUUCAACCGGCUCGCCAAGGGCAAGUCCAACCCGGAGGCGCGCGCCAUCGCCAAGGGCCUCACCGGCGUCGACAUCUACUUCAACUGGGACAGCCCGCGCACCCGCGAGGGCUUCUACCGCUACCAGGGCGGCUGCCCCUGCGCCAUCAUGCGCGCCAUCGCCUACGCGCCCUACGCCGACCUCAUCUGGAUGGAGAGCAAGCUGCCCGACUACCAGCAGGCCAAGGAGUUCGCCGACGGCGUGCACGCCGUCUGGCCCGAGCAGAAGCUCGCCUACAACCUGUCGCCCUCGUUCAACUGGAAGGCGGCCAUGCCGCCCAAGGAGCAGGAGACAUACAUCCAGCGCCUCGGCCAGCUCGGCUACUGCUGGCAGUUCAUCACCCUGGCCGGCCUCCACACCACCGCCCUGGUCAGCAACACCUUCAGCAAGGGCUUCUCCGAGACCGGCAUGCGCGCCUACGGCCAGCUCGUCCAGGAGCCCGAGAUGGAGCAGAAGGUCGAGGUCGUCACCCACCAGAAGUGGUCCGGCGCCAACUACGUCGACGGCCUCCUGCAGAUGCUCCAGGGCGGCAUCUCCUCCACCUCGGCCAUGGGCAAGGGUGUCACCGAGGACCAGUUCCACUAG